CUUUUGUUCAACUUGCAUCUAUCUUGUCGGGCAAGUUUUGGUACACAUACCUAGUGAUACCAGGAUUUGCAGUAUACAAAUCAUCUGGAUUCCUGAAAGGAUUUUUGUCAAGUGGUUCUGAGAAGAAGAUGAGAAGACUCAGAAAAAGAGAGAGAAGAUGGAAAGAAAGGCUUCAAGAACUAAGUUUGUCAAGGCGAAAGGCCGAUGAUGAUGCACUGUUAUUGAAGAGACCAGUUGAUGCUCUUUACGGUUGUGAUUGCUGGUUUAAACUUGUAACAUUAUACUCCGUAGUUGUCAACCUGACUUGACCAUCUGGAGAUGCAUUUCAAGUUUUUACAUUUGAAUGGAUAAAUCAAUGCUUUUAAAUGUUUUAAUAGGAAAAUUACAUUUAUACACAAAAUUAGUACACAAAUUGUACACACAUCCUAUUUGCCUAUUUACACAGACACUUUGUUUAAAAAAAUCAGUGAUUGUCUGCCCAUUGCGUGUAUACACAGACAAUAGACAAUGUACAAUCCGUGUACAAAUUUUGUGUACAACAAGAAUAACCCUUUUAAAUAUUUCUUUGAGUGGUGUCCUUAUUGUAGCCACUUUUGAUAUAGAAUUGGUUUCUCC